UAAAAAAAAUCUGAUUAGAAUAACUUGUCAUUUCUUUAACAAAUUUAUACGCAAAAGCACGCAGUAAAACUAUAAUUAAAUAAAUUUAACGUAACAAAAACACAUUUUAAAUAGUGGAAAAAACUAAAUAGAAAUACAAUAAUUAUAAUAAAUAAAAUCAAACUAAUAUUGUGAAUAACUAAAAAAGAAAAAGUGAAGAAAUUAAUACAGCUAGUGUAUAGUGGAAAAAAAUGACGUAAAAAACGUGCAAAAUUUUAGAGUGAAAAAAAAAUUGCUAAUUAAUGAUUAAAAUACUAAAGAAUGUGUUAAAAAUAUUCCUGAUUAUGUGAAAGAUCUAAUUGUUUAAUAAUGAAUUAAAAAUAAGAAAAUUAUAAUGUUUUGCAAGCGUGGCAAUUAAAAUGAAAAUUCUUAUGCCGUUUAUGGCUUUAAAAAAUACAUAGUGUUUGUGUUUAUUGACUGACCAAUUAUUGCAGUGAAUGCCAUAGAAAAAAGCAAAGAAAUUAAAGAGCAAAGAAAGAAAAAUAACUAACAAAACAUAACCGCAGAUAAACAAACAACAACCAAAUUGUACAAACGUCAUAUAAAAAAUAUAUGUAUAAAAAAAAUUGAAAUUGAUAAAUGCAAAUAUUAAUUAUCGUUUAUUGCGCGCGCCACUAGUGUUUUAAUAUAAUAACGUGUAUAAAAAACGCAUCUAAUUAUCUAUAUGAAUGUGGUUGUUUAUAAAAAAAAUUGAGGAAAUGUAUAGAUUCUAAAUAGGAAUUGAUUCUAUUAAAAAUUCAUAAAGAAUAAUAAAAAAUUAAUAACAUUAGUGACAAGUGUCAAAAUUGGUUUAGCUACACAUACACAAUCUCCACACAAAUGCUAAUAAACACCUGCACAACCAAAAAGAACCGCUAUCAGCACCCACAACAAAACUAAAAUCAAAACAAUAACAAAUAAUUACCACCCCCUUUUAAACCCUUAACAGCGUGUUUCAUAUAAAACAAAUAAAAACAAAAAAUGGAUUUAAAAUCGAAUUGGAAAUGAACAACUUUAAAGAAUUUUAUAUACAAAUUAACUGUGUAGCUAUAUAUUUAAAAAUAAAUAAAAUAAACUGCUAAAUAAAUAACGUCAUGAAGUGCUUAAAUAAACAACAACAUGAUCGGCAAUCUAAUUUGAGAACAAAUACAAUUUAGCUAACUUCAACAAACAAAUUGCAUUUUGUUGGUUUUCUAAGAAUUGUUUUUGGUUUUUUAUAUUUUUAAAACGUUUGUGAAAAUAUUUAAGAAACAUUUGCCAUUGUUUUUGUUGGAAAUCGCAUACAAUUUUGAAAAUACCACAAUUUUCGAGCAUUUCUUUCAAACAUUUGCCUCACAGUGUUCUUUAAUUUUUGUUGGUAUUUGUAUAUUUUCUGGUUUUUUUACGAGUGCCUGUCUGCCUACCUAUUUUUAAACAAACGACUAACGAACAAGUAUCGUCAUGUCUAUUUCGGAACAUGGUACCGGAAAUUCAUCUAUUACGGGUGCAGUUCCACACUCCACAUCUAACUCAUACACAUCAUCGGUUUCGUCAUCGUCUUCGUCAAGUUCCUCAACUUCGGCUGUAAAUUCUACAUACAAGUCGAAAACAUCAUCUGCCUCUGGUUUACCGGCAGCUGUUUCACAUAUUUACUAUAAACAUGGUCUCUUCCUAUCAAGUUAUCCAACCUGUGCCACCAGUAUAGCUAUAGUGGCCAUAUUAUUUUCAUGUUAUCCCCUUAUCAACAUACCACUACCGGGAACAAUACCCACCAAAAUUGUUCUACCAUUCGAUGGCAAGAACUCUUUGUUUGGUGAAGGAGAACGUUCAAAUUUUUCGCUGGUCAAAAAUAUAUUUAAUGUCAAUAACGUCUCGUAUGAACCGCAUUUACCCUGGGCACAAAACUCACCCAUCUUGUAUGUACAACAAAUAACAUUGCGUUCCAGUGUAUUACCGUGGACAGACCAAAUGCAAUUGAUGGAUGCAUUUCGUGCGCCCCUAUAUGAAGUGUUUCGUUUAUUGGAAAUUGUACGCAAUCACGAGACAACUGAAAAUCAACGCACUUUGGAUAAAAUCUGUUUGCGCGUGGACAAUGUUAAACGCUCACAAAAUGAGCAAAUAUUCCCUGAAUACGAUUGUUUACUUCUAUCGCCGGCCAAUUUGUGGGGUCAAAGUAUACAGAAUUUUACUGGAGAUACAAAUAUACUAAAUACCAUAUUUCAGUAUCAUAAUCUUCAAAAAACAAAAGUAUCAACCGCAGAAAUGCUCUUUGGUCUACCCAUACAAGAUACCGGUUUUAAACGAUAUCCAUUGCGCUCUCGCUCACGCAUCAUACAAUUUGCCUUGACUUUAAUACUCAAACAAAAUGAUCGCGAAUAUAUACAAUCGUUAAAGGAGAAACUUCUAAAUUACUAUCCGCCGCCGCAAAUAAAUCAAGGAACACCACAAGCACAGCAGCCAGGUGAAAAAUCGUCCAUAACUUACAUUUUCUAUCCAGGAGAAUUUAAGAUGUGGGAAUUUCUGCCACUCUCCAUAGCAUUUGUUUUGCUCUUUACCUACGUGUACUUUUCGGUGAGAAAAAUUGAUGUUAUACGUUCGCGGUUUCUGUUGGCCUUGUGUGCUGCCAUCACUAUACUGGGCAGUUUGGUUAUGUCGUUGGGUUUGUGUUUCUUCUUUGGCCUAACCAUUAGUCUACAGUCGAAGGAUAUAUUUCCCUAUUUGGUGAUACUGUUGGGUUUGGAAAAUUGUCUGGUUAUCACACGCAGUGUGGUAUCCACAGAUGAGACGUUUGAUGUGAAAAUUCGUGUGGCCCAGGCUUUGAGUAAAGAGGGCUGGCACAUCUCCAAGACUCUAUUAACCGAAAUAACCAUAUUGACUAUUGGUUUGGCUACCUUUGUGCCGGUCAUACAAGAGUUUUGUGUGUUUGCCAUAGUGGGAUUGCUUUCUGAUUAUAUGCUGCAAAUGUUAUUGUUUUCCACCAUACUGGCCAUGAACAUUAGAAGACCUGAGUAUUCAACGGAAGCCAAACAUUUGCCUAAAAUGAUGCUCUCAUUUACGGGCAAUUCUAUGGCGGCUGGCAAUAGCAAUCACUCGCCCACCUCCAGCGGCAGUGGUUAUGGAUUUUCGAAUGGCCGUCCUGAUUUCCGUUUCUUUGGCAGUUCCUCAGCAGCAAAUGGUAGUGCAGCUGGUGGUAGUAAUGGAGCAUUUUCUCCACCACCAUUUGGCAGCUUUCAUCGUUCUCAGUCCCAUCCGAAAUUAGCCUUUGCCGACUUUAACAAUCUCAACAAUGCCAAUGAGCUGACAAAACGUUCUUCCAUUGCUUUAAGUGCGAAUAAUGGUCCGGAUAAGAUACCUAAACGUUUGAAGAUUGUUAACUUUUGGGCACGCACACGCUUCUUUCAACGCGCCUUUAUGGUAUGGAUGAGUGUUUGGAUUUGUUCCAUAAUUUAUAAUUCUGGCUAUUUGGAGAAUCUAUUUGUGGUCGAUAGUAAUCAUACGGGCACGUUUCGCAAUGAUGAUUUUCAACGUAAUUGGGAGGUUGGUCGUGGUGCUGUAUCGAGUUUCUUUUCAAAUGUCCAUUCAGUCAUUAAUGCUGGCUCUUUUGGUGGCAGUGGUCAUGAUGAUGAACAUCCUCGCAGUCCCAUGGGCGGCAGUAGUGUAUUUGGAAAUAAUGCUAAUAAAGCGGGAUCCUUAAAUGCUGGUCAUGAAGGUCCCUCUAUUGACAGUCAUAUCAACGAAACAGAAGCCGAACUUAAACGUCUACUCUACCCCGACUUUGAGCUAAACUAUUUCCUUUCGAAUUUCCACUGGUCCACCAUAAUGAAACAGUAUAAUGUUUCGUUGCGAGGCAAUUAUAUCACCAUUCUACCCACCAUUAAAUUGUCUCAUGCUAUUAGUCCCGAAAAGGCAGUACAUGGCCGUAAUCCAUACGAGAAAGUGGUUCAAAAUUUCCAAUGGAAAGCUUUGGCCGCAGCCUUAGAUCCACUAGAUUUUAAUGAUGACGAAAAUCGUGAAUCCCCUAUGGUCAUGCCGGGUGGCACGCCCCUCUUUCCCAAGAGUCCCAUGGAAAUAUUUUUCGCCAUCACUCUUUGCUGCAUUAGUGUAUUCGUACUCUGCUAUACCAUGGUAGUAUUUUAUCGUUGUAUAUGUACACGCAACUAUGCCGAAUGGCGCUCCAGCUGGAACGAAUCUUCGGAGUUUUCACAAAAGACCGAACAAAUUCUAGAGGGUGUACCCACUCAAAUAGCAGGCCAUAAACAUCGCAUAGAAUGUUUGGUGUCUGAUGGGGCCAAUAUUAUCAGCUGUUGCCUCAAGGGUCAAAUCAAAGUUUGGGAUGCUCGUAGCGGUGAAAAUAUUACCACCAUUAAUCGCGGUGACAUGCAAGUUACCACGCACCGUGAGGAUGGCGAUGUAAUCGUAAAGAAAUUAAAUUCUUCACCCGUUUGGUGUUUGGAUUAUUUUGACAAUUUAAUUGCUGUGGGCUGUGCAAACGGUCGCAUUGAAUUGUGGGAAAUGCCAUCUGGUGUUCUAAAGUGCACUUAUCAUGAAGACUCCAAGCGUAAUCAGGGUAUAACUCAUAUAAAUUUGAAUGGUGAUCGCGUUAUAGUGGCUCGUUUAUGCGGACGUUUAGAUUUUUAUCGCUUGGAAACUUACUACAAGGGCAAACAAAUUGAUUGGGGUUUUACCUCUGCCUAUAGAAGAACUCAUGUUAGAACCAAUUCCACGGGCAGCAUUGGUCUUAUGCUGCAUCAACAACAACAGCAGCAGCAACAACAGCAACAGCAGCAACGCAAUGAUAACCAGAGAGCAACCAAAGAGGAAAUGAAAUGUACUUUAAGAGGUGUACGUUUGGCCCAUCAACAGCCUAUAACUUGCAUGGAGGUGGUCAAUGAUAUGGUUUUCACGGGCAGUCAAGAUCAUACACUUAAAGUGUACAGCUUAAACAAUACAGAUGUUGAAUACACACUACAUGGACAUUGUGGUCCCAUAACAUGUCUAUUCGUCGAUAGAUGGCAACCGGGCACAGGAGGCUCUGGUUCCCAAGAUGGUUUACUAUGUGUAUGGGAUCUUUUUACCGGUGCCUGUAUGUACAAUAUACAAGCACACGAUGGUGCCGUCAGCUGUUUGGCAUGUGCGCCAAGUUAUGUUAUAUCGUUGGGUACGGAUGAGCGUAUCUGUGUGUGGGAACGUUUUCAGGGUAAUCUAUUGACAACAAUUAAUAUAUCAAAUGCCUAUUCAAGCCUAUUAAUGUUGACACCAUCCCUGCUGGUAACAAGUAAAAUGGGAUCUCUUAUUGUUUGGGAUGUGAGAACGGGCGAACCAGCCAGAGAAGUUAAAUUGGACUUUUCCAACUUACAUUUAUGCCCGAAAAUUAUGAUGUUGGCCUAUGAUUCUGUAGUCUGUGACUAUGGCAAUGAAAUACGUGUUGUACGUUUUCCCAUUGUAGCCGACAAAAGUAAUUAAUAUGAAUUUUUAAAUAUUUUACAACACAAACUCACCACAAGCAAGUAAGCAAGCAAACAGCACUUUGAAGAAGCAUAAAUAUAAAACAUUUUAUUACAUUUUACUUUCAUUGGUAUAUAAACAUACAAUCACACCCCACAUCCAUCCCAAACACCAUUUAUUUUUUAUAUAUAUCACUCAUAUGCUGGUAAUAAUAUUUAAUAAUUUACCAUUAUUAUAGUAAAGUAGCCUUUUUAUUGUUUAACAAUAAAUCUGUUUUUUAUAUUACAAUUUAUACUUUUUAUAUAGGUUUUUCUUUUGAUUUGUGGUAAUUCUAAGAGAUUUUAGACUUGUUAAAUGUAAUUUUAGUAACUGCUAUUUUUUCCUUUUAUUAUACAAAUGUUUUUCUCUUUUUUGCUUUAUUUAUUAGUGUUAAAUGAUAACAUAAAUAUGUUAAGGUUUGGUUUAAAAAUAAGUUAUUUUGUAAACCAUUUAUAAAAUUUAAAAGUGAAAUGGCUUUUAAACAUAUACAACAGCUCUGUUUCGUACCUAAAAGUAAAUCGUUUCAGUAACUUGUGAGAAUUUUUCGAAUCUAAAAUAGGUUUGUGAUUAUAAUAGUCAUAUAGUUUUAAAAAGGCAAUUUUCAUAAUAUACAACAUAAACAUAAAGAAAAUACUCUUACUCGCCUUGAAUAAAACAAGAUAGAUGGCUAUAAUUGGAUCGGAAAUGCCUCACGUAUUUAAUUACCGAUAAACGAGACAUAGUUUUUAGAGUGUACGGGAACACAAAUCUGUAAAUUCUGACACAACUUUUAAUUCUCUAAGAGAAAUAGUUGUCAAAAUCUUGGAUAAUUUGCACCAUUUUUGAGUAAUUUUUGACUGAAUAUAAAUAUAUAUAACUCAGAGAUGAAGAAUAAAGGCAAAAUAAAGAUAACUUCGAAAUAGAAAUAAAUAUUCUUAUAAAAACUUUCUUGGAAACCAAAAUCUUUUGUCAAAACUGUGUUGCUAACAUUUUGUGUGUAAAUUUCCACAAGCUAAACAAAGUUAGUCACUCGUUAGCAAACAAUUUUUCAUUUUGAAUAUGUCUGUAUGAUAUUUAUUAUAUUGCGUUCAGAAUCCGUAAAUACAGAUUUUUCGUAUAGAAGAAAGUUUUCAAACUAUAUAUAACAUAACUCAAUUCUUUAUUCAACAUGUGAACAAAAAAUAUUUUUGUGAAGACAUUUCUGCUUUCGUUAAUCUGCCGAGCAUGUCUUAUGUUUUUUUAUUAUUAAAUUAAAAACUUUUCUAACCAAAAAAAAACAAAUAUAAUAAUCAUUAUACAAUUAUUUUAUUAAUUAAACCAGUGUAAUUUUUUUAUUAUUAUUAUGUUAAAAUAAGAUCCUCCUUUUUUUAAUUGAAUAGUUAAGACUUAUUUUUCCUGGUCAAUUGUUAACAAUUUUUUAUUGUUUCUCUUUAAUAAUUUUUGCUUUAAUUUGGUUUUAUUUUAUUUAUGUUUUAAUUUACUAGUUUCUUUAAAUUUCUAUGUUAAUAUUUUUACUGUUUUAAUUUUAAGCAUUUUAAUGUUUUAAUUAUCGAACUAAAACUAUAAUCUGCAAUUAAGUUUUGUUUUUGAUUAAAAAUAAUAAACUUUUAAAUGUUAAACAAACAACAAAUAAAUGUGUUGAAUAUUAAGAUAAUGCGAAAAGAAAAUUAUAAGUAAUAACAAUAUUAUUAACACACGCAAACAAAUAAUAGACAUAUAUAUUUUAAAUAAAUAUUUUUCCUAAAUAAAAUUAUUAAAA